UCGUCGUCGCCUGCUCCUAAUGACUUUGCAUUGGCUAAAGACGGUGACACGAACGGAGAUGUACAGAUGACAGACGCGAACGCUCAGGGCGAGCAUGUUCUUGCAGCCGACUAUGACCCCAGCCAUGACCGUCGCGAAGACGAGCACAAGCGCUUCGGCGUCCCUCCUCAUCCUCAACAAGCCGCGGAGGUGGUCGAGUCCGAGGAAUUCGAAGAGGUCGAAGAGGUUGAGGAAGACGAUAUCGACGACAUGUUCGCGGUCGACAAGCCCGAGAAGAAGGUCAAGAAGGUCCGACGCAAGGUAACGAAACCUGCCGCACCUGCGCUCAUCACGACUACACUGGAUUCAGCGUCGGAUCCGGAG